AUGCGCGCAGCUCGUGCCGCUCUCGAGCUCGCAUCGUCGGCCGUCCUCGAUGGCGUUGUGCUCGAGUACGAUGCCUUUAUUGCACCGGGCGCUCGGCUGGUGGCCCGAUCCGAGCCGUUCGCCGUCUUUCCCAACUCGGUCCGGGCCUCGCGAUGGGCAGCGUCGGGCGAGCCGAGCCGGUUGGCGAUGACGGGGGAUGGGCUCACUGGGCCAUCGGGGUUGGGCGAUGCCACGUCGUCGACGCCUCCGCAUCGGGUUCUCGUGGCUGUUGAUGGCCAGACUGCCUCGAAUCCGACCUGGCACGUUUGGGCGGGCGAUUUGAAGGCCGUACACAGCCUGCAGGUUCUGACAGCGGCGCUGGCGCGGCCUGCCGGCAUCGACCCCGCUGACAUCGAUCUGGAGGCCACCUCGGUAUUCAAAGACACGUUUGGCGAGUGGGUGUCAGCAGCAUCGCUCUCUGCGGUGGGCUUGGUUGACUUUGACGGCUCACGUGUCUCGCUGGCAAUCCGAAGCAAGGUUGAGACGCCGUCACUCACCCCUGGCCUGCUCGAUGGACUCGGGUUUGACCUCGAUCUCGACGCCAUUGUUUCUGACAUGGAUCCCAUCGGAAGCAUGGAGUGGAGUGCGUCGACCGCCAAGUCACUGUACCUCUCACCGACGGCGACGCCGGACGAGCGCGCGCUGCUGGGUGAUCUUGUGCCUGCCUUUGCACUGGCCCAACCGGUGAGGCCGCCCGCUGUACUCUCACUCCAGCUCCUUCACCCGAUGGCAUGUGCCCUCAAUAGCAGCCGGACAGCGGUGGUGGGCUGGCCCGCCGGCGGCGCGCCGCUGCAUGUUUCGGCAACCAUGUCUGGUAUUGCGCCGCGCGAUGUGACACAGACCUCGCUGUCGAUCGGAAGCUACCGCGUGGCACUGGCCACCCACAGUGUGACGGCCUCGGUCACCUUUCGCAACCAGACGCUCGAUGGCAUUGUUCUUCUCACCUCGGAACCAGUGGUCCAACAAGUUGAUAGGCUUGCCACUCAUGCUGUACCACUUGAGAACGACGGGCUGCCUCUCCUUUUGGCAAGCUUGCCUGUCAGCCUCUCAAUCGAGCACACUGCAGGCGGCGAGCGGGUUGUCACCGUCUCGAACCCGUUCAGCCUCGCUGUCUUUGCGGACUCGGCGGGACGCGGGAACGGCGGCGGCCACAAGCGGCGGCAUGACUCGCGGUCGUCGUCAUCGUCGUCCGAAGGCGACCGCGAGCGUCGCGGCAGGGACCAGGACCAAUCUUCCAGCCAUGAUCGGACCCGGCGCAAGACGCUGUCGGGCAAGCACUCGGCAAGCCGGAACAGCAGCUAUGGGCCAAACGAGAGCUUUGACUUUUACAACGGGCUGAGGCUGGGCCAUCUGCAUCUGCUCGUCGGGCAGGCUCCGGGCGCCGCGGGCGUCCGGACUGCUCUGGAGAACAUGCUGAGUGCGGGCGUGCCGGCUGAUCUUCCGCUCUGGGCUACAGCCGACCUCUGCAUCACGCUGCUCCGAGUCGGCGAGGACGAUGCAGCGUGGGCAGUGGCAUCGCGGGCGAUUGUCGGGAACGGAUGGGCAGCGUUGGCGGCGGUGGGUGCCAAGAUGGGCGUCUCGGUUCUUUCCGAGGCGCUCCAUCAUCCGCGGGUCUUGGCAUGUCUGCUUGCGCUGGCGUGCAACUUGCAGCCGCCUGACGACGACCAACUUUCUCUGCUGGCGCACGCCGGCGAAGAGGCACUGCGGCUGCGGCGCGCACCGGCGUUUGCACUCAUUGCCAUGUACGGCAGAGCGCAUGGCGGAGGGCCAGAUGCCGCUGCUGCGGUAGCCGCCGCGCAAACGGCACCGCUCAAGGCACUGGCGUGGCUCAUGUCGCUGCACACCGAUUGGACGCCCAUGGAUGGCGUGACAGCGGCUGCGGUGGUCUCACAAGUGGAUGCUGCGCUCGACGCUAUCGAUACGCAGCGUCCGCCUCCAGCGGCGGGUGCGGUUGAGGUCGGCGUACCUACAUCUGCAGCCACUCUGUCGUCUUCGUCGUCGUCAUCGUCUUCGUCGUCAUCAUCGUCAUCUUCGCUUGUCUCACGACUGCGCUCUUUGCCAACUCACAAGGCAGGCGCCAGCGAGCAGUCGAUUGCCCUCGAUUCGUGGGGUGGAAAUCGCGAUGGUGUGCUGCUUCUUGGCGUUGUGGCGGCCGGGUCGGAUGCGAUAGUCGGCAGCGAGUCUCUGCAGAGGCCGCCGCCGCCGCCGCGCGCCGCUGUUGAGAGCGUUCGCGGCGACACUACAGACAAGAGCAAGAAGACAAGCCGUGUGGGGGCACUGGUGGUGAUCCUAGUUGCCUUGGUGGCUGUCUUUCUGGCCGGCAUGAUUGCGGGCGGCAGCACCCAGGCCGUGGUUAACGUCAGCGCGGCGAGAGGGGCGAGCUCGGUCGGCGGGCUUGGACGCGCGUCGCUGACCCAAGCUCCGGUCAACGGAACAGUGACCGCUUCGACAUUUGCUGCGAUGGACGGACACGUGCCGGCAAACGGGGUGAGUGACGGCUUUGGAGUCGCGCGCGUGGUGGCGCGCGGACACAUCCGGUGUGGACUGGCGACGAUGCCGGAGCUGGCGUCGUUCCGAGGCGAAAUUGACAUAGCUGGGGUGCGGUUUUGCGCCGCCGUGGCGGCGGCGGUACUGCAAGAUCCAUCAGCGGUGCAGUUUGUACCGUUUCCUGAAUUUGCGGGCGAGGUGCCGGACGUGGUAGUGGCGAACGCAUCGACUUUACCCGGCUCGGUAAGCCUGGCGCGAAUGACCGCGCCGCUGGCCCAUCACGGAACGACGAUCCUGGCGCGAUGCUUUGGCGGAGCGUGUCGCGGCAGCGCAGCCGAUCUUGCGGUCAAUGCAACGCGUGUCUGUGUGAAUGACGCGGAUGCUGCCGAGCUGCAACAGCUUGUGCCCGGUGUGGCGGUGGUCUUGGUCUCGUCGGCGUCUGACGGCGUCGUCGAGGUGAUCAAGUUUGAUGCGAUGGACAUCGGCGCGGACGACUGCGAUGCGUACUUUGGCACGUUUGCAGAAAUUGCUGCGGUGCUUGCCAGAGAAGUUGAGGAGAAGCAUGCAGAGCAGGGCGAGUCGGACCUGCUCGGCAGUUCGGGCAAGACGCCCAACUAUGAUGGGACGAUUGCUAUCGGAUGGCCGCCGGUGCGAGUGAGCGGGGCGUACGUGGCAGCGAACCUGCGGCCGGAGGAGGUGCGGUGGAGCACGGUACUCGAGGGUGUGCGGGCGGUGCUUGUGCGAGCGUCGGAGCUGGGCAUCAAUGUGGCGGGCAUCACACCGCUGUGCAAGACCGGCGACGACUCGUGCGACGAGGUGCCCGGAAGCGAUGCGGCGCGCGGCAACGUGGCGCAAGUCGACAGCAUCUUUACUGAACUGGGUCUCGGUGAGCUUGGAGGGCGCGAGCGCCGGGUGCUGCUGAGCGUCGGCUCCCUCGACCAAGUCUGGGCCGCAGUGUACGGCAACGCGACGUGGAGCCUCUUUACCGGCACUGGGGCGACCAACACAGUGUGGGCACGUGGCGGCAGCAUCGGAGCUCUGAUCGGAAGCGGCAACCAAUUUAGUAGCAGCCGAUCCGGAUACGUGGUUGUCAGCUCUGGCAGCAAUGGCGACUCUGCUGCGCUCGAGGCGGCGUCGACAGCCGAGUCAUCGCUCCAGCGGCGCAACGCCGGACUUGGCGUCGGCAUCGCGAUCUGCCUGGUGGUAGUCGCUCUCACCAUUGUGCUUGUUUGGUACAAGGCACGAGGGCGGGAGGCUCCCGCUGGGAGUUUGUGAGUGCUAUAAAGUCGCGUCGAUGACCAA